AACCGUGAUAAUCUAACACUUUGUUUUUUUCCCGUGGACUCAACAAAGAAUACUAAGAUUUAGAGCGAGAAAUAACCUUUACCGUUUCUCUCUCUAGAACUUCACUAGACGAGUCUUGCACUUGUAACUUUUUUUUUCUUUCUCUACCAACAAAUUAAGGAACUGCGAGUGAAGAAACAUCCAUAACUUCCCCAUUUCCUUUUGCUUUUUAUUUUUCUUUUAAUAAAACAAACUGUUGAUAUAUAAAAUCAUCUCUGGAUUUGGGAUUCAAAACGCAGUUGCGGAAAAAUGAAGCUUCAGAGCUUUUCUCUGGCUUUAUUUUUAGGGUUUCUGCUACUAUCGUUGACGCCGUCGUCGAUGGCCAAAUUCUUGGUGGAGAAGAAUAGCUUGAGGGUGACGUCGCCGGAUUCUAUCAAGGGAACAUACGAUAGCGCGAUUGGCAACUUUGGGAUUCCUCAAUACGGUGGUAGUAUGGCUGGGAACGUUGUGUUCCCGAAGGAUAAUCAGAAAGGUUGUAAAGAGUUUGACGAGUCGGGGAUUUCAUUCAAAUCGAAAGCUGGUGCUCUUCCCACCUUCGUUUUGCUCGAUCGGGGAAGUUGCUUUUUUGCUUUGAAGGUGUGGAAUGCCCAGAAGGCUGGAGCUUCUGCUGUUCUUGUUGCAGAUGAUAUUGAGGAAAAACUAAUCACCAUGGACACCCCCGAAGAGGAUGGGUCAUCUGCAAAAUAUAUAGAGAAUAUAACAAUACCUUCGGCUCUCAUAGAGAAAAGUUUUGGUAAAAAAUUGAAGAGUGCCAUAAGUAGUGGGGAUAUGGUGAAUGUAAAUCUUGAUUGGAGGGAGGCUGUCCCCCACCCUGAUGAUCGUGUGGAGUAUGAGCUGUGGACCAACAGCAAUGACGAGUGUGGAGUUAAAUGUGAUAUGUUGAUGGAAUUUGUGAAGGAUUUUAAGGGUGCGGCACAAAUAUUGGAGAAAGGUGGCUUUACUCAGUUUACACCCCAUUAUAUAACUUGGUACUGUCCUCAGGCAUUCACGUUAAGUAAACAAUGCAAGUCUCAGUGCAUUAACCAUGGAAGAUAUUGUGCCCCAGAUCCUGAGCAAGAUUUUAGCACUGGUUAUGAUGGGAAAGAUGUAGUUGUUGAAAAUUUGAGGCAGUUAUGUGUUUACAAGGUGGCAAAUGAAACCCAAAAGCCUUGGGUGUGGUGGGACUAUGUCACUGAUUUUCAAAUUAGGUGCCCAAUGAAGGAGAAAAAAUACAAUAAGAAAUGUGCAGAUGCUGUCAUUGAAUCACUUGGUCUUGAUAUUAAAAAGAUUGAAAAGUGCAUGGGAGAUCCAGAUGCCGAUUCUGAAAAUACUGUUUUGAAAGAAGAGCAAGAUGCCCAAAUUGGGAAGGGAUCGCGAGGUGAUGUUACCAUAUUGCCUACUCUAGUUGUCAACAGUCGUCAGUAUCGAGGAAAAUUGGAGAAAGGUGCUGUUAUGAAAGCUAUUUGUUCAGGUUUUGAAGAAACUACUGAACCAGCUGUUUGUUUGAGCAGUGAGGUGGAGACAAACGAGUGCUUGGAUAACAAUGGUGGUUGUUGGCGGGACAAAGGAGCUAACAUAACUGCAUGCAAGGAUACUUUCCGCGGGCGAGUAUGUGAAUGCCCCUUGGUAGAUGGUGUGCAGUUCAAAGGAGAUGGUUAUACGACUUGCGAAGCUAGUGGACCUGGACGAUGCAAGAUAAACAAUGGAGGUUGUUGGCAUGAUGCCCGGAACGGACAUGCAUUUUCUGCUUGUUCGGAUAAUGGAGGGAUUAAAUGCGAGUGUCCUGCAGGGUUUAAAGGUGAUGGUGUUAAAGAUUGCAUAGACAUUGAUGAAUGUAAAGAGAAGAAAGCUUGUCAGUGCCCUGAAUGUAGCUGCAAGAAUACCUGGGGCAGCUAUAACUGCACUUGCAGUGGGGAUCUUCUGUAUAUCAGGGACCAUGAUACCUGCAUAAGUAAAACUUCUAGCCAGGAAGGAAAGUCUGCUUGGGCUGCAUUUUGGGUCAUCGUAACUGGCUUAGUUCUGGCCGCUGCAGGGGCAUACCUUGUCUACAAAUAUAGAAUAAGGUCAUAUAUGGAUUCUGAAAUAAGGGCCAUCAUGGCACAAUAUAUGCCAUUGGACAGCCAAUCAGAAGUUGUAAAUCAUGUCAACGAUGAAAGAGCAUGAAACUGAAAAUGCGUCAGCCUGUUGGUGGGAUCAUGUGUUGAGACCUAGUUGUGGCAUACCUUUUUAUCUUUUCAGAAUUCCGAGCAUUGAAUUUAAUUAAUAGACUGUAUCAUAUGAACAAUAAAAAACCGAGAAUUAGAUAGAUGUCCUGCGUUUUUUAUUGAGUGUAGCAAAUUGUAUACUUGAAAGAACUGAAUUUAGGGCAGACUUUUAAGUUAUUUUAGUAGAUUUGUAGGUUUUCUGUUUAUGUGACAUCUUGUUCCACUCUUGUGAUUGUAACUUAUUUUGCUUCUAGUACAGGUUUAUGUUAACACUGUUCUUCCAUUGA